UACAGCACAACACAGGUAGUGAGCUAUAUUGUAACACUAUCUAUCUUGAUACUUGAAAUAGUACGCAAGUUUGUAUGCGUGUAAUAGUAUCGUUAGUAUCGCCUCAACGUUUAAAUCACUGCUCGGUGUUGUAGCUAACGUAACAGGCAUCGCUGGUUGAGGAGAGAUCCCUUCACUUGCAAUGAAAGCGGGCGUCCACUGCCGUUGUUCAAAAUGCUACUCGGUUCCAGCACGGAAACGGGUCCGUAAGCGAUCUCCAGCCCUAACUUUGCUAUCUCUACCUGAGGAAGUCCUCCUCUGUGUGAUCCAGUGCCUCUCUGCUGAGGACCUGCUGUCAGUCAGAGCAGUUCACUCCCAGCUGCGGGACAUUGUUGACAACCACUCCAGUGUAUGGGCCAGGGUCAGUUUCAGGGACACAUGGCCAUCCCCCAACACUUUAUGGCUAUUUGAGAGAGCUGCGGAAAAAGGGAAUUUUGAAGCUGCUGUGAAGCUAGGCAUUGCUUAUUUGUACAAUGAAGGACCGUUGUUGAGUGAUGAGGGACGAGCAGAUGUAUGUGGUCGUAAAGCCUCCCAUUUCUUCAGCCUGGCAGAGAGCCUGCGCUCUCCCACAGCAGAUCCCUUCAUCUGGGUGUUCAUCCGUCCACCGUGGUCACCCACUGGCAGCUGCUGCAAGGCCGUGGUGUUUGACCGUCUCAAGGCUGAAUGUGACAGCAACAUGGAAAAGAGGGGGCCCCUAUUACACUGUUUGGCCAGAGUUUUGCAUCUGUUUGAAGAGGAUGAAAGACGCUCAGAUGCCAUAUCUAUGCUGGAAGAGUCUUCGCAGGCUGGCUGUCUACAGAGCUCCUACCUGUUGUGGGAACACAACCGUAAAACAGCUAUGGCCGAUCCAGGCAGGUACCUCCAGUGUGUCCGAACCCUCAGGGACUACGCUGGUAAAGGAUGCUGGGAGGCACAGCUCUCUUUGGCCAAAGUGUGCAGCAGUGGGAAUCCACUGGGUUUAGAGGCAAAGGCCUGCUCUGACUUAGUGGCCCAACUCUUCAAUUCCUCUAACCCGGCAUCACAACACUGCUCUCAGGGCAUCCUCAGACGAGGCAUCAAGGACACCAUGAGGUACAUUUUGGUGGACUGGCUGGUGGAGGUGACCACCAUGAAGGACUUCUCCAGCCUGACGCUCCAUGUGACAGUGGGUUGCGUGGACCGCUACCUGUCUCUUCGCUCUGUCCCAAAGGCUCGCCUUCAGUUAUUGGGCAUCGCCUGCAUGGUAGUUUGCACACGAUAUAUUAGUAAAGAAAUCCUGACCAUACGGGAAGCUGUUUGGCUCACUGACAACACCUACAAAUAUGAAGACCUGGUUCGAAUGAUGGGUGAGGUCGUCUCUGUGCUGGAGGGAAAGAUCAGGAGCCCCACACUGCUGGACUAUGGGGAGGUGCUACUAUCUCUGCUCCCUCUAGAGAGGCGGACCACUCACCUAUUUAGUUACAUCUGUGAGCUGUCACUGCUCUACUCUGCUCUCUCCACGCCACCACCUGCCAAACUGGCCUGUGCUGCACUACUCCUUACACGAGCACUACAUCACUAUGCCCCCAUAUGGCCCAGCCAGUUAGCUGACUACACAGGCUUCUCCAAGCAAGACCUUGUCUCCCUUUCUGUGCUGCUUUAUGUCAAAUGUUUCAGUCAAGAUGUUCCCAAAGAUUACAGGCAUGUGUCUCUGACUGGAGUUAAGCAACGGUUUGAAGAUGAUGCCUACCAGAACAUCAGUAAAGAAAAGGUUAUGGAUUUUAAAGAACUGUGUCAGAUCUUGGAGAUUCCUGAGGUGGAACCUCAGAUGGAGCCUCCCAGCCCCACUGGUCAACCAGCAGACAUCCACACCUUCCUCGCCUCUCCAUCCAGCACCAACAAGAGGAGACGUGAUGACAGUAUGCAGGCCCACAGAGCCAGCUUUGUGGCCACUCCCACAGCAGAGCUGUCCAAUCAGGAGGAGACACUGGUAGGCGACAUCCUGGAUUGGAGCUUGGAUACUUCCUGUUCGGGUUAUGAGGGGGACCAGGAGGAAGAGAGCGAGGGAGAGAAAGAUGGUGAUUCCUCGAUGAUAUCUGUCAAACUGCAACCGCUGACAGAUGCAGACAGAACAUUGGAGCACUGCAGAGCCCUGUCCAGUGAUGAAGACAGCUGCUGUGAAGCAGAAAGGGAAGUGAACAAGGAUUGCCAAGGCCAGGAACCCCUUUCUUUCUCCACAGACCUUCACAGCUCAGGAUACUCCUCUGUCCUCUGUGUUAGCCCCUCAUCUACAUGCUCCUCGUCCUCCCUCAUGCCUUGCACGUUCAAGACCUUUACCACUUCAUUGGGUGCAGCUUCUGCUGAUGCCCAGCCAGGCUUCCGCCUUUUGGUGCCCAUGCAAAGGCCCCGGGGCACCUCCAGCAAACAAGUGAAGAGGAAGAACUCAGCGGCUCAUAGUGGAGGUGAGGUGGAAAGGGGAAAAGAAGAUGACAGGGAAGAGGACAAGUAUUCUACCAAUGUGGGGUUUCUGAGCCUAUAGACAGUGGUUAUUUUAACGGCCCCAGGCUGUUCACAGGCCACCUGUUCAGUCAUUAUCCUCCAGCACUUUCCUUUAGUUCUCGACGCCGUUCCUCACCCCUGUCAGUCUGGAUUGGUCCGUCAAUUGACAGAAGAUCAAGAUGCCUUGAGGUUUCAGACAAGUAAGGGAAAAUAAAUAUCUAAAGAUGAAAUAUCUAGAAACUUGCCUUUCUAUUACAUUGCAUUUCAUUUACAUGUUUACAGAUAUGGCGCAAUAAAAUACCUCCCAUGAACCUAGACUCACAGUCAGCUCUCAAACCACUGGAACAUAACUUGACUUUCCUCAGGACCCUGGUACAAUGGGUGCUAUUUCUGUUGUUUUACAGGCUUCUACAACAACCUAUCUCAGAUCAUGUUAGAUAGUUGGGAAAGAACCUCCCAGACUUGUUUGGGGGGCAAUAAGUUCAUUGUUAUGACCAUAUUUUGAAAAACAUAGCUACCAUGUUAUUGUGACCAUGUUAUUGUGAUUGUUUUGGUUAUCUUAGUCUCUGAUAUGCACUGUCUAUACAAGGAUCUAUAUUGUAUUUGGUGAAUGUCAUUAAUAAGCGACUACUCUGUCAUAGUUGAUGAAAAUGUGUAUCUGAAGCCUAAAAAAAUGUAUGAUUUCUUGUUCAGUUUUGUCCUAAGUUCUACAUGUGUUUGCCAAAGGUACAGUGGUGUCAUUUGUGUUUUCAGGGCAUCUACUUAAAAAGAAACGGAGCUGUGAAAUGAGUCUUUUAGUAGUCUGCAUCUUCUGCAGUCUUGUACAUAUACACCACUUGUGCUGUUAAGUAUUCUAAUCCCAUCAGGAACACCAGCUGGAUAUUAAGAUGUUACCUGUUGAGAUAUUGACACUAUUUUCAGUAAGGUGUGCUUCUAAUGGGACUAGUCAAGAAUCACCAGCAGGUUGACUAUUGUAAGUGUUUGGUGCUUCACACUCAUUAAAUUAUGAGCUCAGAAGCAAUGAGCCACCUGAUGCAACAGGAAAUUCUUAACAUGCUGACAAGUUUUACCCAGUUUUCUUCCCAUCUGAAUUAGGUCUAGCACUUUUAUCGUCACAGGAGGAGCACAAUUCAAUUAAAUGUGACCAUUUUUAUGCUUGAACAAUCAAUACUAAAGUAUUUUUGAAUGGAUUUGUUUUGCCUCCUUGGAGAGAAGUGGAAGCUCAGACACUAAAGGAAAAUUAUUACUUGAUGGGAUUUUGAAAGUACUUUAUGCCUACUCCAGGACACAGAGUAUACAAUAUCUAAAUGCUUGUGACUGACUGUAAAUACAUUUUUAAACUGUUACUUCAGACUGGUUAUCGCCUGUGUUUUAUAAAUGUACAUAGUACUAUAUGUAUAAAUGGAAAAAAAGAAAAAACAUGCCACUACUACUUGAAAUUGUAUUUGCUUCAUUCCAAAAAGGCAGUGUUUGUUGUGAAAUGUCUGUUUUUCUACAGUACAGUGUUUCCUCAUUAGACAUGUGAUGUGAAUAUGUAAUUUUUGUAUUGAGUUCAAAUAAAACAAGCCAUCAUGCACA